UUGAAAAAAGAAACACUGGCUUGAUUUGGAAUAGAGUUUCGGUUAGUGUUAAUUAUACAGCAUGAGACUUUCAUAUUUUCAUGCAUAUAUGUAAUGCACUUGGGCUGUCUUAACUCUCAGCUUAAGUCUGAGAAUGACAUCUCAUGCCUGCAUCUCCUUCAUCAUGGUCUUUUAGAAGACUUUCUAUUUCUCUUAGAAAUUCCCAGCCCGGUAUGGUGGCUCCUGCCUACAAUCUCUGCACUCUGGAGGCUGAGACAGAAGGCUUAAGAGUUCAGUCAGUUUUACUGCAAAGCAAGCUCUAUGCCAGCCUGAGUUACAUGAGAGCUUGUCUCAACAAACCAAACAAAAACAAAACAAGAAAGCAAUUUAACUCAGGGACCCUGGAGAGUACAAAACCCUGCUGCCUCUUGGUAAGUUCAUUCUCCCAAACAGUAGGCGAGUAGGUAGGCAGAUAGGCAGUGCCACACUCUGUGUGCCCACGUGUCCAUGUGAGCUUUUCUGUGUAGGGGCACGGCAGCUCCACUCAUUGUGUGUUAAACUUGUAGAGCUUUUUCUGAGAGGGAGAAGGAAAAGGGAAAGGUUCUUUAAAGAAAAUACAUGAUUUGUAGAGUUUAAGGGAAGCGUGUGUAUGUGUUUAUGGUCAUAGUCUGGAUGUGUCAAUACUUUGAGGAGAUAGGAGUCUUUGGAAAUAUCAAGCACUGUAUCUGCCACUAACAUUAGAUUUUAGUUUCUAAUUUUUGUAAUGAGAUGAGUAAAACUUCAUCUUUGCAGGCUACACGUAGUAUAUACAUUCUUCAACAGAGCAAAAACAUUUUAAAACUUUUAACUGAAAUAUUUAAAUUAAUAGCUAUCACGAUGAUAAUAUGAAUCUACAUGUUAUGUAAGGACAGUGACGACCUCCUUAUGAGAACAUGGCCUCUCGCAAAGGAUCUCCUUCAUCCCUUUCCAAAAGAGGAGAAGAGGAAACACAAGAAAAAGUGCCUGGUGCAGAGCCCCAAUUCCUACUUUAUGGAUGUGAAAUGUCCAGGGUGCUAUAAAAUCACCACGGUCUUUAGCCAUGCACAAACGGUAGUAUUGUGUGUGUUGGCUGCUCCACUGCUCUGUCAGCCUACUGGCGGAAAAGCAAGGCUGACAGAAGGAUGCUUCUUCAGAAGGAAGCAGCACUGACUGCACCUGAUUCAGGACGAGUGGGAGCCAUCCCAAUAAACACAUUUUGGAUAAAAAAAAUAAAAAUAAAAUAAAUAAAUAAGGAUAAUGAGCAAACCCUUUCACGAUACGAAACCAACCGUACGCCUCGGGCAGUGAGCCUAGUAUUUUCAAGGAGUUGCAGGGCUACUUAAAAACCCUCUCGUGAAUUACUGUGUAUGAUCUGUUUGCUGGCUACCUCAGUGGUUCUCAGCCUUCCAAAUGCUGCAGCCUUUAUAUAGUUCCUCAUACUGUGGUGACCCCAGCCAUAAAAUUUUGUUGCUCCUUCAUAACUGUAAUUUUCCUACUGUUACGAACUCACCGACUUAGAGGAUCAGUGAUUAGAAUGGAGCUGCUGCUGCUGCUUUUCCUCCUCCUCCUGCUCCUCCUCCUUUUUCUCCUCCGUCUUCCUCCUCCUCCUCAGUUUUUUCAAGACAGGGUUUUUCUGUGUAGCUCUGGCUGCCCUGGAUUCACUUUGUAAACCAGUCUGGCCUCAAAUUCACAGCCAUCUGCCUGCCUCUGCCUCCCUGAUGCUGGGGUUAAAGGUGCGCGUUGCCACAGUCAGUGAGCUUUUGUGCUUUAACAGAAUCCACGGAGUGGGGCUGGAAAGGUGGCUCCGCAUUUAAGAUAACU